AUGAUGGUCGAAAUUUCGUGGGGACAGCUAACGAACUACACAUACUUAAGAACUAACAAUGCGUCUCUUUCUGACUUUGCUGCUCAAGAAGGAAUCAAAUUUCAUUUCGUUCCCACUUACUCUCCUCACUUCGGUGGUCUUUGGGAAUCGGGUAUAAAAUCCGCUAAACACCACAUCAAGCGUGUGAUAGGCAAUGGUCAUCUAACCAUUGAGGAACUACAAACUUUAUUUGCACAAGUGGAGGCAAUACUCAACAGCCGUCCCUUGGGUCCUUUAUCCGCCAGUCCUGACGGCCUUUUACCUUUGUCCCCAGGACACUUCCUCAUUGGACGACCACUAACAUCGUUUCCAUCGCCUGAUGUUCAAAAUUUGAACUCAAACAAGCUGCAACGCUAUCAACGUCUUGAACAAAUGCGACAACAUUUCUGGACAAG